CUAACAUCUGGUAUUUAAUAGUGCAGAGCUGUUUUACAGCAAUUUUCUUUCUUGAAUUACAGCAAUUUCCUUGUACCAUAUAUCGGUACCAUUCUUUUGCGCGACGCUGAACAUUCGAACAUUUUUAAUUUGCUGUCUUCUGAUAACAUUCAUAUUGCGGUUUAGCGUUUGCAUGCUUGUAUUGUUGAAUCAUAUCGGUAUUUUGAAUAAUGUCGAAUUUUAACAAAAUGGGUUUGGGGAUCAUUGUCGCGGCGUUUACAGUGCUUUUUACUGUUCAGGCCCGACAGCUGAUCGUCAAACCACAGACCGGUCAGCAGAUGUCUGCGGAUGUCUUCCGUAUGGUUAACGGCUCCGUCGCCGAAGCCUGCUCCGAUUUCGACCAAACAGUCAACGCUUCCAAGCGCAUGGAAGCCAAAGGCUUUAUGUCCUUCAGCCCGGCGUCUAUGGUCAGCAAUGACGUGGAUAAGGAUCUAAUGCGGCGUCUAGGCGUGUCGGAACACAUCUGGGAAGGGAGCUUCGUCAGUGCACGGGCAGAGUCUGGGCUGGAUAACACGGCACGCUGGUUUCGCUAUGAUAAAGUUGGAACUGAACAAAUUUACCAAGCUGAAUGCCAGCCCGGUUUCGACGUUACCUUAAAGGUCACGAAAGUCAAGGCGCUUGCAGAUUGAUGGUGAUUGCAAGUUGUAAUCAAUGUCUGUAAUGCCGCUAAUGUACAGCACCUUUUUGCGUUCUUGUACGUUCAAUGCCGUAAUUUUGGCCUUUUGGGCGUGUUUUUGUUUACUGUAGCCUUUCUCCGAACUAUGAAUUUAUAUUGGCAUUUAGGGAAACUGACGCCGACCACUGUUUUUCAUAACGAUUAUGUGAUACACUUACGUAAUAGCGAAGAACAGCUGUCUGAUUUAUUUUUUAUCGACAAAAGAAAACUAGACUGAGAACUGAUAA